ACCUAAUUUAAAAAUGACAGUGUUUUCGGGGUGAAGCACAGGAAUGUGAGUUGCGCUCGGCUUGCUGGAGAGGGGUGAGCAGGAUGGGGUUCGCACCUCACCUGGCAGCGGGCGGGGAGCCAGGCUCACCUGUUGGCAGUGACAAUGGAGGGCCAGGUGGCCAGGCCAGUUUCCCAGGCUGCAUCCUGCUUCCCACAAACACGGGCGGAUUUCACGGCUCCUCUGAAUAACCCCAUUCAGGGAGAAUUCCUCUGGUCGCUCUGUGCCUUGGCUGCUGGGCCAGGAGUGGUUGAAUUAAGUUUGGCUGUGCAGGGAGGAAGGCACAGAGCCUGGCAGAAGCACUGUCAGCCCCGCGGCUGACGCCAGUUGCUCUAGUGCUGUUUUGCUGGUGGGUUUUUUGUUGUUCUUUUUUUUCAUCCUGGAUCAAAAGCUCAUUGAACAUUCCUGCGAGCGGGGCUCUCCCCAGGGGCACCACAUUUCAGCUGGCUUCCCACAUUGUCUGGGGGAGAGGAGGGAGGGCUGUGCUGGCAUUUUGCCCAGUACCUCUGUGACGGUGCAAGGUGUUUGGAAUGAAUUUUUAAAUUUCUCUUGUAUUUGAAGUUGUUGGGUUUUUUUUUCUUCUGCCUCUUCUCCAGCAGAACUUGGGUUGAGUUAGUCCGUAAGAAGGAGUGUCUUGGGAAGGAAUAGCAGAUCCCCUUGAGAGUGGAUGUAGAGUACCAGAAUUCAUCCAGAGUGAAACCAUCAGCACAGCACCCUGCUCUGGGGCUGCCAGCGGCAGCAGCUUCCAGCAGCUGCUUCUGCCUCCGUGCUUGUGCAGCCAAGGGCGCUCGGGGAUUACGGCUGCGGGUUGCUUGCAUUGGGACGAACUGGGAAACCCGACAAAGCCACGCAGCUUUGGGGCUAUCGUCCCACUAGCCAGUGCAAGGGAGCACAGGGCUUCUUGCACCAGAUUUCAGCGUAUCCCCGCUGACUAUUUGGUGCUUUUUUAGUUCAGUGUUUGCCGGGUUGAUGAGACAGCCCUUUCCUAUCGGUUGGUUGGAGGCUAUUUGGAGCGAUGCUGAGGUCACAGCGGAUUGUAGGAAUGCAGAUUUUGAAGCCAGGUUUUUGGUUGGAUAGUUCACAUGCCUUCUGUAUUCACGGCAGGUUUGCUUAGCUGAAACAGAUGUCUUGGCCUUAGCUGGGAGCACAUGAGCUACAGGGAGAUCUAAGUGUGCUGGCCCUGGUGUGUUUUGUAACCAGGAGAAUUUUAUGGUCGUCCUUAUGAUGCAAAAGGCUGCUUCAACCUGACCGUUACAGCUGAAAACCUCCCGUGAGACUUGCAUGUUUAAUGUGGCAACAGGAGAUGCAGAAUCUGGUUCGCUGAAUGCUGCCCUGCUUUAGGGAUACAAGAGGCACAUGCCUCCCAUUCAACUGGUUUACUUGAUCACUGGAAAAAUGUUAUGUGUAGUGGUGCAAAGAUGAAAGGAAGAAACUGAGACUCCUGUAGUGAGCUGCUCAAUGGCUCGGACUGGGUGGAGAUCAUCGAGCCCCGCUCCCAGGAGCGGAUGUACGUCAACCUGACCACUGGCGAGUGCGGCUGGGAGCCCCCUCCCAACCUGAAGGUGCGCCAGUCGGACCAGAAGCAGUGGUGGGAGCUCUUUGACCAGAACAACAACCGCUUCUACUACUACAAUGCCAUCACGCAGCAGACGGUGUGGCACCGGCCCCAGGGCUGCGACAUCGUGCCCCUGGCGCAGCUCCAGGCCAUGAAGCGCAGCUCCCAGCCCGACUGCCGGGGCCGGCAGCACCGGGGCAGCGCCGGCAGUGAUGGCAGAAGCACCCCCAUCCAAAUGGCCCUCCUGCAAGAGAUGGAGAAGGGCAAGGGGGACUGCGCCGUGGAGAAGAGGAAAGACCCUGGCAGGGAGACUCCUACCCACUGGCAGCCUCUCCCAGGCACAAAAGCAGCCAUGUUGGUCAAAGUGAACAGUCUGCGGCAGAUACAGAGCUCCUCAAACAGUUCGCUGCACCUGCAGGCCGCUCCAGAGGCCAACAGCCAAAAAUCUCUUCCGAAACCAGCCAUAUAUGCUCAGCCUCAGUCCACAGCACAGAGCCCUGGAGCCUCAAAGCAAUUGCCUGUGGGAGAAACCAAGCAGUCUAUGCAGAUCAAGAAGACGGAGAAUGGUGGGUUUUGCAUAGUGUUGAUGAAUGGUCCAACUUCUCCAACACCUCCGAGGAGCCAGGCAGGAACCCCCCAGCCUGCAUCCCCCAAGUACGCCUCCCCAGCACCUAUAUACGAUGAGCCAUCUUUAGAGUCUCCGAUUUAUGAUGAGCCACCGGUAGAUAUGGACACCGAAAGCGUCAGUAUGAGUGGGAUGUCUCCUCCAAGGUCGCCAAGCAAUAGCUUAAAAAAGCAACUGCAACCAACCAAAUUGUUACAGCAUCCAGGUAUGCCACAGCAGCAGGCUGCAAAGAAACACGCAAGAAAUCCCUCUGCUACUGAAUACAGCCCGGCUGGCAGGGAGUAUAUAAAACACAUGGUCAACAUUGACCAGUCAGCCAAGCUCUCCCACUCUCCUGCUGCAACAGCUGAUGCCUCUGCUAAACUGCCUGGUCAGCUCGCUUCAAAGGACAGCUUCAAGCAGUCUUGGAGGAUCUUGGAAGCCAACGUCCUCAAGAACAUGGGAGCCCACCACAGCCGGCAGAACAGCCUGCAAACUCAAGAGUACCCAACCGCUAUAAGCCAUCAGGAUUCUGGUUAUUCGACCGGCCCUUCUCCAAGCUUGAGAAAAAGGAAAGGAAGGAGGCAAGGGACAGGUCAGGGCAGACCUGGCUCCGUGGGCAGCAGCAGCGAGCUCACGGCUCUGAACGAUAAGCUGAUCGCCGAGAUGCGCGCGGUGGUGGGCAGGUCAGCGGCGUGCAGGGGAAGCAAAGCCAGCCUCGAUGCUCAGAGUCUGGAGAGCGGCAUCCCGGCAGAGAGCUGUAGAGUCAGAUUUCAGUCCGACCACUUGAAAAAGUGCAUCAGCCGGAGCUCCAGGGACGACAUCUCGGCGAGUAACAGGUCUCUGUACAGACAGGGCCUGGAGAGCAGGGGCAGCGUUCCCCACGAUGUGGCUGCUCCGCAGGACACGGUGAGGCAGAAGAGGACUUUUGAGAAAAUAGAUUCUUUAGAAAAGAACGUGACCAGCCAGACAAGUUUGGCUUCAUCAGAUGCGACACGCCACUCCUCCCAGCCUGGGACAAUCGAGUUGGACCCCAAGCAGGAGAGCAGCGGCCAGCCUGGCAGCUGUGUGGGAUACCACUUCCCUUACAACACCCUGCGGAAACCCAUCUCGCAGAGCAGCAUGGCAGACUGGGCUUCUAAAAACCUCAACAUGCACACACAGGGCAUCUUCCGCCGGAGGAUCUCCAUCUCCAACAUGCUGUCCUGGAACGGCGGCUCUAUUAAGAAGCCAAUGCUCAUCACUAGCAACCGCACCAUCAAAAAAGAGGCGUGUGAGAUGUUCAAACUGGUGCAGAGCUACAUGGGAGAUCGUCAGACUCGCAUGGACCGGAAUCACGUGGCGUUGGUCACGGUCACCAAGUGCUGGAGCAUGCAAGGUUUACGGGAUGAGCUCUACAUCCAACUGAUCCGGCAGACAACAGAUAAUACGUGCUACCGAAGUCUGGCCUGGGGCUGGGAACUGAUGGCCAUCAGUCUGGCCUUUUUCUCCCCAUCACCCAAAUUUCAGUCUUAUCUGGAAGGUUACAUUUAUCGCCACCUUGAUAGCGAUGAAAACAUUGUCCAGCGCAUCAAGGAGCUUGUGGAUCUGAAAAACAAGAAGAACUCAAAAUCCAGGAAAAAGAGGAAACAAAACACCGAGAGUGAAGGUCUGCCCAUCAGCACCUACGCCAGAUACUGCUACCGCAAACUCCAGAAAGUGGCCGUCACCGGAGGCAAGAAGGGUCUCCGAAAGCCGACAGUGGAAGAGAUAACCCACGCCAGGAAUGCCAUCGUGACGCCGUCGCUCUUCGGCAGCUCUCUGGAGGAAAUCAUGCUGCGGCAGCAGGACAUGUACCCGGGGAACAAGCUGCCCUGGGUGCAGACGCAGCUGUCACAGCAGGUCCUGGCUCUGGGAGGAGAACAGACAGAGGGCAUUUUCAGGAUACCUGGUGACAUAGAUGAAGUCAAUGCCUUGAAGUUGCAGGUGGAUCAGUGGAGAAUGCCGAGCAGCCUCAGCGACCCCAACGUCCCAGCCUCUCUUCUCAAGCUGUGGUAUCGGGAGCUGGAGGAGCCCGUCAUCCCCCAGCAGUUCUACAAAGAGUGCAUCAGCAACUACGAGAACCCCGACGCUGCCGUGGCUGUGGUGCAGCUCUUGCCGGAGCUCAACAGGCUGGUGCUGUGUUACCUCAUACACUUCCUGCAGAUCUUUGCUCAGCCAUCAAAUGUGGGCAGAACGAAGAUGGAUGUGAAUAACCUGGCCAUGGUGAUGGCCCCCAACUGCCUGCGCUGCCAGUCUGACGACCCUCGCGUUAUCUUUGAGAACACGCGCAAAGAAAUGUCCUUUCUUCGCAUGCUGAUAGUGCACCUGGACACGAGCUUCAUCAAAGGGCUGGUCUGAGCCGCUGGCCCUGGGCUCCAAGGCAUCGCUCUGGGGAGCCGCUGAGUGCCCAAAGUCCUCUCCUCUCCACUUAGAUUUCUUUAGUUGUCCUUGCUGUUGUCACACCCUGGGUUAGCCCCUGAGCAUCUCCCAGCAAAUGACCUUGUGGACAAGGACUAGACACUCUUGGAAGGCUCGGGCUGUUCAGCACCAAGAGGUCCUUGGACAUGCCAGGCCAGAUUGAGUGGUUCCUGGCCUUCCAGCGUGUGCCAGGAGGGGCAGCCCUCCUCCUUGGAGCCGCAGGACUGGUUGCUCGUUGGAAGGGCUGUGACAUCCAUGAGAAGCUGCUACCUGGAGCAGCGAGACUCUUCAUCUCCCUUCUGGAGUCAGAGUUGGCUUCAGGUAGGAGGACAUCACUCCCGUGUUGUGGCAUGAGCUGGUCCUGGGGGAGAUGCUGCCUCAUUGGGGAUAAUCCCACUGCCAUGGAGCCAGCCCGGUUCACCUCUGCAGGCUCUUGGUUGGACACCUGAGGGUUGUUCCAACACCUCAUGACCUGUGAAGGUGUGGGGGCGUUUGCUGAGGCAGAGGGGUUCCUUGGGCUGCCCUGGUCAGUGGAACAGUGGAAGCACAUUGCAGCCCAGGGAGGGGUGUUUGAGCCUCCACUGCUGGUGGCUGGACAGGCAGACAUCCCACAGCGGGGAACCAGGGCAGGCUGGGUCUGCACAGCAUCCAUCUCACCUUCUCCUGUAGCAGCUUGUAGUCAGCAUGUGGGACCAGCCUGUGCCAAGCCAAACCAGCUCCCGCCCACACUCUGGGGGGCUGGGACAAGAGGGAGGCCCCGCACCUGACAGCAAACAGAUAAACAGCCUCUUUGGUAUCCUCCUAAUGAGAGCCGUAUCACCUGGAGUGGCCCUGAAACUCCUUAGUGCUACAGGCAGCGUGAGCUGACACCAGCCUUCCCAAAGGGCGUCUGGGACUGUGCUCAGAGCAGCUUCCACAGCUCCAGCACCUGGUACCGGAUCCUUCCCAGAGCGCUCUGCUGGGAAUGGAGCGCCAGCCUCACCUGCCCUCCUGGUCCAGGCAGCUCUGAAGAAGGCUGGGAAGGUCCCCGGCAGUAAGAAGAGCUCAGAUGUGCCUUCCAGGCAGAGCAGCAGCAUCGCCGUGUGCUCGUGAAUGCUGAUCCUGCCUGGAGUCCCCUGCGGCACCUUUGCUCUUCCCACCAGACUCUGGUAGGAGUGGCGGAGGAGCAGGGAAGGGGACAGAAGGGAAGAGGCAGGUCGGAGCAGCUGAGGUUGAUGGAGCUUGUGUAGGGCUGGUGUCAGGCAGCAGCUCAGCAUUCUCACUGUUGCCAUUAAACCCCUGUGGCUUUCUGUGUGCCACCAGAAGUGAGGCACAGCAAGGACAGUGUCUUUCAGAGGCAGCGCAUGGAUUUCCCUGGAUACUGUUGUGUGUUCCUUUGCAAGCAGCAAUUUCUAAUUCUGUGGCAUCCUGGUGUUACUCUGCUUUUCCUUUGACGCGGUUUCCCUGCUGGAGGCAGAUCUGCUGCAAAAAGCUGCGCAUUGGGAUUCCUCAUGCGAUGCUAAGCCUGCCGGUAGCAUCCAAGGCUGCAUUUCAUUUCUGCAUCCGCCUCCCGUUCACAUGGGGACCUGGGAUCAUCCUCUCCUGAUGGCAGUGGAGAGCGGGCCCUGCCAGCAGUGAGGCGUAAAGCUGAUCCCUGAAUCUGUACCAAAAGUUUGGGAAUAAGGUGCGAGGGGCAGGGAGUGCCCUGAGCCUGCUGGCUGCCUGGGUCUCGUGAUCCAGGCACGUUUGCUCGGGUGGGCUCCACAGCGGGAGCUCAGUUUGUGCCCAGUUGAACAAAGGUCGUGGUUCCUCUCCUUGUACCAGAUGCUUCCGUGGUUCAGCAGGCCAGGAGAUCCUGCUCCCAUGUCAGGAUUAGCUCUGCCAAACGUGCCCCCAAAAAUGUGCCAGGAUCUGUGUCACACACCCACCCCAUCCCACCCCAGUGCUUCAAAGCCAUUCAGUGCAGUUUGGCUUCCUGAAGCGCUGAACAACUUGUACUUCAGAUGUGGGGCUACUGUCCCAGAAAUGUAGAACUGGGCAGGGGUGACCGGCUCUGCCCUGUUUUCUGAAAUUGGAAUUGUUGAACAGGCUGGGGGUGCCGUGUCCUGCGUGUGGCUCUGCCGUGCUCUCUGGGCUGCGUGUCCCCGUGCCGGGCUUCGCCUGCAGCCGCUCACCGCGGAGCUGAUCCAUGUUAUUCCUUGCACUUAGCUGUAGCAGUCAGUCAACCCAUAGGCAUUUGCUGCUAUUACAAAUGAAUGCUUUUUGCCAGGGCUGUAAAAUAGGCUAAUAAAUGACACUGGAUAUUAUUUUCUUUGCCAACAGAUUUGUAAAUACAAAUCAUUAAAGCAGCCUCUUCUCUGUUAUAAUAAUAAUAAUAAUAAAUACAAUCUCCACAGUU